CUGACAGGCUUGAAUAUACGAACCUAAGAUGUUUGUAUAAACGUGGACCCUUGAACAUGCUCAAAAAGUGACACAUUAGCAUGCAGCUCGUCCUUGCCACAAUCUAUUACUCCGUCGCCGCACAUCUAUUCGCCAUGACAACCGCAUCAGGACCCUAUUCAUCACCGAAUAUACUAGAUCGCAUCAAAUCCGAUGCGGUCCGCGAUUCGAUCGAUCUAAUCAGCCUCCCAUUCUACGAAGAAGCCCUAGAAUCCAUCGCCGCACUCUCCGGUCACGUAAUCGACAUUCGUACCCUCAACUUCACAAACGCAACUCGAAUCGACACGCACACGCACCCCAUCCCCAACUGGUUCCGAGCUCUCGAGCCCCAAGCCGCGGGCCGCGAGACGCCCUCUUGGAGUGUAGAUGGCCACUUACAGUUCAUGGCCGAGCAUAACAUCGAACACUCUGUGUUGUGUAUAUCGACGCCACAAGCGAAUGCAUUCCCUAAUGACGAGGCAGUGCUACGCAAGAAGAAAACAAUUGCUCUUGCGCGCCUGCUCAAUGAGUUCUCGGCGGAGCUGUGUCGGUUAUACCCAAAGCGGUUCAGUUGGCUCGCCGUCACGCCGUUACCGCAUGUCGAGGAGAGUGUGAGAGAGAUACGGCAUGCGCUUGAGAAUUUGGGUGCGAUAGGCGUCGGGGUCUUGACGAAUCACGAGGGGCUGUAUCCCGGCGAACAGGCGUUCGAUGACGUGUGGCAGUUCCUACAAGAUAGGGUUGCGGGUGGAAACGGUGGGAGGGAGGUUGUGUUCAUUCAUCCCACUGAUCCGGUGAUCAGGCUUGAAGAUGGGCGGUUGGUGGGAUCCAGACCAUCACCUCUCCGCUCUGGCCUGGGUGAGUUCUACUUCGAAACAGCGCGAGCGAUAUCUAGCAUCACGGCAGAAAAGACCGUCAUCAAGUUCCCCAAUCUGCACUGGCGGGUUUCACAUGGGGCCGGCGCCUUCCCUGACAUCUCUGAACGUUUCUUACUGGGAUUCCCGGACGUAUCCGACGAAGCGAAGAAAGCGUAUAAGACACGGUUUUGGUAUGAUAGUGCGGGACCUGUCUUCCCAAACCAGGUCAAAGGGUUGACGGAAGGAAUGCGGAUCCCAACUAGCCAGUUGGUGUUUGGAACAGAUUAUCCAUACGGGAUCGGCUUCUGGGAUGUGAACGCGAACAUUGCCGGACUCUCAGAGGCCGACUUCCUAUCCACCGAGGAUAAGGAGAAGGUCUUUAGACAGAACGCAAUGGAGUUGUGGCAAGGUCGACUAGGAACGUCUUGAUCGGGAGUUCCGAGGGUGAUUUCGAAAGUCGCCUCCCUUACUGUCAGUCAAUACACGCAGGCCAAUUCGAUUAUUAGUCAUGAGCCACCUCCACGGAACGGCGUAGACAGGUGUCAAGACUGGACAAUGGAGUGUAUAAUUGCCCUUGAAGCUGAGGAAUUGGUUCCUGCAGGGACUUCUCAACGGGUUUAAGGGCUUGUAGGGAGAUCAGUGACUGUAUUAUCACAGAGCUUAGGGAAGAGAUGGACUCCCAAUCGUAGGUAGGAGAUACAUUUGUAGAAAAAGCCUUUGUAUAGAGCCAUUCAGAAACCAGAAUAUA